GUCAUUCGGAACGGUGUCGUGGAUCCGCCUUCGAAGACGUCUCAUUUUCGAUGAAUGCACCGUCGCAUCUACAGCAUACUGAAAAUUUGCUGAGCAUUCAGUCAAGGAUCUGUACUCAAUAUUUUUUUAUGUUGAUGAAGAGAAAGAGCUUUAUUGUUGAGCUAAAAAACCUUGUCAGCAAAAGAAAACAAGUGGAAGCUGCGAAACCUUGUCUGGCCCAAAUCUACGAAGAAAGGAAAAAACAACGAAAACGAUCGACACUCUCCUCGCUUUGCUCCCACAUAAUACCUCUGCCAACCAUCAUGGAAGAAGACGAAUUUCCUUUAUUUGCUGGGCAGUUUUCACGAUUUUAGGCUACACACAUCAUAGUUGUUAGUUUUUUUCUGGGAUAAGCUUCCUCUGUCUAUUAGUGCUUGCUCAAAAGGAGUAAGGGCCGCUAAGGGAGUCCUAACAGCGUCUCAGACGUCCACAUCUAAAAGAGGUGUCGCACUAAAGUGCUUCACUGUAUUAGUAGUGAAGCUGCUUCAAAUGGUUUGUCUUAAAAUUCUUCCUGCCCCUCUUCCUUCCUCAAUCUCUCUAAUACUUGUAUGCCAGCACAGGUGUUCCACCCUUUCUUCUCGUGUCUACUGUUACUCCUCCUUCUUAGACAGUUCUCCAGAGUUUCGCAUCUUUUGAUGUUCAACCCUCUUUACUUGAGUAGAAUUGAGAUUAGAU